GAUGAGGGCGGUGGAAGGAGGGAGGUGGUGAAUAAGCUGUUGCUACCCCAAUCCUUGCUGAUUUUCAAAGGGGGGUGAAGGGAGCCGUUCUGGAGGGAGAUGGAGCUAUUGUGACUCCCAAGGAGAGAGAAAGGGGAGAGGAUAGAUAGAGCCUUCUCCCCUCUCGUCGUCCACCUUUUUCCAGCUCCUUUUUUUCCUUCCCUUCUCUCCUGCAUUCCUCUCCUCUCUUCCACCUUUAGCUACCCUCCUUUCUGUUCGGAUCCCCACUCUCAUCCUCACAUCCCCUCCCUUUUCUGUGCCCCAAGAUGUAUCAUCACCCAUUCAGUUUGUUUUCAAACCACCUUAUUUAAUUUGACGGUUAUACCCUCCCCCUCACACUCUCCUGUUCAUUUUUAUCCUUUUCUCCUCUCUCUCUCUCCCUUCCCUCCCUCGCUCUCUCCUUUCAUUCAUCAGUAUGACGUCUGUGGAUUUUUUCAUCACUUUUCUUCCACCAUUGCAUCAUCGCUCGCUCCCUCUUUCCUGAAGGGGAGGGGGAGAGAAGAAGAGCGAGAGAGAGGGAGAGCGGGAACUGCCAGGCGAUUGCCUUAAGAAGAACAGAGCGAGAGAGAGAGAGAGAGAGAGAGAGCAAGUGAUGGGUAGGAGGAGGCAGAGGAUUUUGUCUUGGUUUUGUCUGAUCCGACACGAGCCACAGAACGUGAGUGCUUGACCGAGGACAGGCAUCUCUCACUGGACGCAUCAUCCUCACCCUUCCACUCAGACCGUCUGUCUGCCUGCCUGGAGCUGGGGCUGGAGCUGUGGUAGCGACGGGCUAUCGGAGAGGCUAGCAGGCACAGUGUCUCUGAUGAGAGGAGGGGCUAAGCUGAGCCGGUGGGCUUGCUCUCUGCCUCACAGACACAUUUUAUUGACUUGCUAAUUGCCUAAGACACUCAGAGGAGAGGAUGCAGUGACUGAAGGGCGGGAAGGAACCAACUGUACAGAAGAGGGUUACAGGCAGAGGAACAGUGACUGCGUUCUGCCUAUCUGGCCACCAUCUCUGCUUCUCUUUACUGUGGGAAUUACAACAGAUGUUUGCAGCCUGCCUUUCAUUGAUCCGCACAACGUGCAUACGUGAUUCAUGCAUGACAUUAGUGUGUCUUUGCCUCACAUGCAGUCGGAAGGAGACUCUCGCCACCACAUGCUUUGCAACACGUGAAUGAUUUCCAUAUGGAUUUUUGUUCUCGUAUUUACAUUCAAACCUGUUUUUCUGUGCUGGGUCUGCUUAAGCUGUUGUUUACUGUGUUGUCUGGUUUGUCUUUACCACGAUACAUACCCUUUGGUGUCUGUGACGGUGCGACAUUUAUUUUUUUAAUUUUUUUGUCAACCAAUCAAAUGUAAUGGGAAUAUGAAGAUUCUGAAGCAUACAAUGCAUAUCCUUCACUGGGAGUGAAGAAAUUAUCUGAAGAGAAGCUUACAGGCUGAAGACUGACUUGAGGCAUUUCAUCUUGUGUGAUUUUGUGGAGUGGGGAACUACGUAGUUCAGUCUUGUUGGAAAAAUGGACCAGGCUCAUUUGUUGACUCUUGCAUAAUUCCAGACUACCCAGUCUCAAACAUCAAGAUCGAGGAAAGCAAUCUCAGAUCCCUGGCUUCGGGCUGUAGAAUUAAUCUUUCAUAUGGAGAGAGAAAGGGGAAAAGAAAGAGAGGAUUGUGAAUGAACCCGUGGAGGAGACCAGUGAUCAGCAAAGAGAAGGUGACAAGGGGAUUACAGGAAGGAUUAAAAUAAAAAGUACACUCUAGACUUAAGUAACUCAGCCUUGUUAAGUAUGCUCCGCUAAUUCCAGGUAGCUUAAACUGAUUCACUCUGUCUCACUUGUGCUGACUCUUGAGUUUUCAUAUCAUGGGUUCAGAAUCCUGAAGAAGCAAGCCAGCAAGACUCCUACCACCUCUUGACAAAGUUACCAUUCACCCACAUCAGACGUAUCCCUACGCCAGUUAGUUUGACAGUACCGUCUGACUGUUUUCUGGUCUGGCUGUUGUCUCUCUGGUGAAGCCUCCAGCUGUGGGUUGCCAUGCCUGUUCCCUCCGGGUCUGUCUGGGUCAGAGUGAGGGCUCUGCCGCUGCUCUGAGGUCGGUCUGCCUCCCUGUCUGCCAGCCUGCCGCCCCUAUGAGCCAAACAGGCACCCUACCGAGGCGCACCACCUACCUCAUCUCCCUCACCCUGGUCAAGGUCGAGGCAGUAGGGGGUGAUGGAGGGGCCACUGGGCCCCAGCCACAGCUGGCCCUUGCCCUGGGGAGAGGAGGUGUGGGGGGCCCUGGGUAUGAGGAGGAUGAGGAGCUGAGCAGGACCACUGAGGAUGAGGGAGGACACUCGUGUGCCGUGGGGGAGAGAGAGGGGGACACAGAAAUGGAGGAAGAUGAGCAGGAGGACAUCAGCUUUGGGGGGCCUGUUCAGGAGAGGGGGAAGCCUGAGAUGAGGGAGAAAGAGAGUCGUGGGCCAGGCUCCUCGAAAGAUAUCACAUUGGGGAUUCAGAGCAAGGAGUCUCCCCUCUUACCGAAGAACGUGAAAGACCAAGUGAAGGGGCUUGCAGGGGUGUCAGGUGUCCCCGCAGAGGCAGGGCUGAGGAGAGAGGGAAUCCGUCCUAAAACAGAACUCUACAGGGAGCCACCCAUGCUGUUUCCAAGGGGCGAGGAGGGGAUGGGCGACCCAAGCAGCACCCUCUGCCGGGGCAGCGUGCCCAUCACUGUCCCGCCCAGGUUUACCCAUCGACCCGAGGUCCUGAUGAGGUCACAUGCCGGGGGCGGGGCUGUAAGCCGGCGGGAGUUGAGGGAAGCCGAUCAGAGUAUGCCUCCAUCUGCCAAGAGUCUGGACCGCAAAGACAACCGUAUAGGGGAUCGGUCACCUAUGACAGGUGCUGCGGCCGCCCUAGGGCCUUACCGAGCAUCCUGGGCAGACAGUGACGGCAGGACCACCCUCCUUCACCAGGGGGUCCCAGUGGGGGGAGGGUUUACAGGCGUGGUGACCAGGGAAAGCCCCCAAGGGGACAGGCUGAAGACAGGCUCCACCUCCCUGCCAGCUCAACCCACCACCCAGGUGUCCAAGCCGGCAAGGAAGGGCAAGAGCCGUACCCUGGACAACAGUGACCUGCACUCUCUCUCUGAGGACCUGAAGAAGGGGAAGGAUGGCAAGGGCCAGGGUCAGGGGGGAACCACCCAGCGCACCCGCGACCGCAAGAUGCUCAAGUUCAUCAGUGGGAUCUUCACAAAGAGUACGCCUGCGCCUCCCAGCUCCAACACAACGCCCCCUAUUUACACACCCGUACAGAGGGGUUCUAGUGAGGAGGAAGCGGCGUGCACUAACAGUCAAGAAUGGACCUUCAGUCGAACCGUCCAAGAGCUCCGUCUGGGGGUGUUGGGAGGUCUCCGCAGUGGAAAGUCAGCCUUGGUCCACAGACACAUGACCGGGACCUACCUCCCCCUGGAGAACCCAGAUGAGGGCAGGUAUAAGAAGGAGGUGCUGGUUGAUGGUAACAGUCACAUGUUGCUGAUCAGGGAGGAGACAGGACCCCCAGAUGCACAGAUGGCUAACUGGGUGGACGGGGUCAUCCUGGUCUUCAGUCUGGAAAAUGAGGCCAGUUUCCAGGAAGUGUACAGGAACUACAGCGAGCUGGGCUCUCACCGCAACAUCGCUGAGAUCCCCUUCAUAGUCGUGGGCACCCAAGAUAAAAUCACCAGCACCAACCCUCGGGUGAUAGAGGACGCCAGGGCCAGACAGCUGUGUUCAGACGUCAGGCGCUGUACCUACUACGAGACCUGCGCUACCUACGGCCUCAACGUCAACCGCGUCUUCACCGAGGCUGCCCACAAGAUCAUGGCAGUGAAGAAGCAGGCAGCUCUAGUGGCCUCCUGUAAAUCCCUGCCCAACUCUCCCAGUCACUCUGGAGGCUCUACCCCAGUGUCAGGAGUCUUUCCUGGGCAGGCCAGUAAUGGUGGACAGAGUAGUGACUACUCGUCCUCUCUGCCCUCCACCCCAGUGAUCAGUCAUAAAGAGAUAGGUGGGGCAGCAGGCGGGGAGAGGCUGGGCAGCGCCACCCCAGGGUCUGUCCGCAGCGCCUCCCGGCGACGCACCGGCUCCCGCUUCACGGGCCAUAGGGGCAGUGACUCGGAGAGGAGGAGUACAGACAGUAAGACAGGAGACCUGGGCAUUGGACGCUCCAUCCCCAUUAAACAGAGCAUCCUGCUGAAGCGCAGUGGCAACUCCCUCAACAAGGAAUGGAAGAAGAAAUAUGUCACACUGUCCAACAACGGCAUGCUCUCCUAUCACUCCAGCGUCAAUGAAUACAUGCAGAAUGCCCAUGGGAAGGAAAUGGACAUGCUGCGGGUGACUGUGAAGGUGCCAGGGAAACGCCCGCCCCGCGCUGGUGCCGUCCCUUCCUGUGGCCCUCCGCCCGGCCUCAACGGCCUGGUCAAAGACGUACAGGGGCCUGAGGGGGCCAGUGCAGUCCCUGGUAGUGGCAGUAACCUCCUGCCGGUAGAGGAGGGGGCGGGAGGAGGGUUGUCAGAGGGGUGCAGAGGGGUGCAGCGCUGUCCCUCUACUGUCUCCUACAAGGCCCAAAGUGUGGACACUGCCAUCGAGGGUGUGUCCAACCCCUCCUCCUCUAAAGACACAGGCCCCGCCUCCCCGAUGGUUGACAGGAAGAAGCAUCGCAAGAAGAAGAGCAUGAACCUGAAAGGAGACACAGCAAUUGGCCAAGCAGAUGCAAAGCGCAAAAUGUGGAAACUAAAAAGCUUUGGUAGCUUAAGAAACAUAAACAAGACAGACGAGGAUAACUUUGACUUCCUUAUCGUGUCAAGCACGGGCCAGACGUGGCACUUUGAGGCCCAGAGUGUGGAUGAAAGGGACGCCUGGGUGACGGCCAUCGAGAGCCAGAUCCUGGCCAGCCUGCAGCUGUGUGAGAGCAGCAAGAACAAGGCUCGUAAGAACAGCCAGAGUGAAGCUGUGGCGCUGCAGGCUAUCCGUAACGCCAAGGGCAACAGCCUCUGUGUGGACUGUGAAGCACCUAACCCAACAUGGGCCAGUCUGAACCUGGGGGCUCUUAUCUGCAUUGAGUGUUCAGGGAUCCACAGGAACCUGGGCACCCAUCUGUCCCGUGUCCGCUCUCUGGACCUGGACGACCUGCCCAGAGAACUCACCCUGGUGCUGGGCGCCAUUGGCAACCACCUGGCCAACAGCAUCUGGGAGGGACGCACACUGGGCCGCCGGAAACCCACACCCGAUGCCACCCGAGAGGAGCGGGAAUCGUGGAUCCGGGCCAAGUAUGAGCAGAGGCUGUUUGUGGCUCCGCUGGUCCCGCCCUCCCCCUCCAUGUCCCCCAGCCAGGGAACAGAAGUCAACACGCUGUCGGCCCGUCUGCUGGUGGCCGUGAUGGAGAGGGACCUCCCCCGCCUGCUCCUCCUCCUGGCCCACAGCACCAAGGACGACAUUAACGCCCCACUCCGCCCAGGGGGUCCCCUCUCUCCUCAGCCCCCUGCUGCAUUCCCCAGCUCUCCCAUGGGGGGAUCCCCCCUGCCGCCCCACUCAGCGCUGCAUGCCGCCUGCCAGCUCGCCGACGUGGUCAUGACCCAGUUGCUGGUCUGGUAUGGCAGUGAUGUGAGGUGUCGGGACGCCCAGGGGCAGACGGCACUCACGUUGGCGCGUUUCGCUGGAAGUCAAGAGUGUGCCGACAUCCUCCUGCAGUACGGCUGCCCCAACGAGCCGGCCCCCUCGGUUGCCACAACGCCCAGCCUCUCAGUCGCCACGACACCCAGCCUUUCACGCAAGAGCAGCGCUGCCAGCCUCAGCCGCAGCUCCAGAAGAGCAGUGUCUUAAUGUGACAGGGGUUAGAGCGCACUGUGUGAAAGUGUAAGUGUGUAUGUACGUGUAAAAGGGUGAGUACAUGCAAUAUGUGUAUGUGUGUGAGAGAGAGGUUGUGUGGGUGGUGCAUGUGUGUUUGUGACCAUAUGCAUGCCAGGGUAGCUCUAGUUGAAGGGGAAGGCUGUGUCAUCACAGUGUCCUCUAAAAGGAACCCAUAAAGUCACACCAGGACGUAGUCCCAGACCAGAAGGACUGAAUAAACAAGCAGCCAACACCAUCACCACCCUUAGUGGUGCACGGGUCAGCUGUUUAUUCACCCACACCGGCCCGCAAUUGUUAAAAAAAAACAUCCGCCACCGCCCAACUAUAUGUGAUAAAGUGAAAAUCUGAGGCCUGACCCUAACCCGCAAAUAUAUAAAAUGUUAAAAGCUGUAAAAACUACCCAACAUGUUUCUGAUAACAUUUCAGUUCGGCUUGGAUGCAUAUUUUAUGUGGUUGAAAUAGGCUACUAUCAGCUUUUCUGAUGCUGAUAAAGAUAGGAAGUUUACAGACGGUCCCUAACCACACAUUCAUUCUCUCAAGAUGCUGAAAUAAAUAAAUAAUAUUUCUCCACUCCAGUCAAAAUGUACAUUUGGUGUAUAAUUUCACAAGUUAAUAUUAUAUUAGGCGGUUAUAGACCUAUAUUCAGUGUGCAUAUUUCAGGAUACUAUUCCAUUUAAAGGUCCAGUGCAGCAUUUGUAUCUGUAUUUCAAAUCAUUUCUGGAUAACAAUUAAGUACUUUAGUGUUAUUGUUUUCAAUUAAAAUGGUUAAAAAGAAACAAAAUUGACUUCUUAGCAAAGAGCAAUUUUUCAAGAAGAAUUUAGCUAAGACUGUCUAGGAGUGGUUUGAGUGGGGAGGUGAAAACAGAAAAUGUGCACUUAUUGGCAGAGAGGUUUGGAACUCUUGUCUAUUAACUAAUUUACCACAUGAUGAUGUCACCACGGAAGGCCAAAACUCCCUCCCACCAAAACAGGCUGAAACUUCAGGCUGUCUUUUCAAACAGCUCUUACACUAAAAGGGCAGUAUCAUAAUUUUCUAAAUUGUACAGUAUUAUUCCAACUUCAGUGUGGAAAUAUAUAUAAAACACAAAUCAUGUUUUUUGACUGUACUGGGCCUUUAACCCAUCUGAACAGUAGCCUAUAGUUCCCUUGAUGUACCAUUUUGAAGUCCUCCUCUUGUGACUGUCAAAUUUGUAUAGCACCUCACAAUCACACAUAAUAGUUGGCACUGCUAUCAUCCUCUUUUACCACUUCACCAAAUCUUUCCCAAACAUCAGGCUACUGUUCUGGCCCUUCUAUUUAUUUUCAACUCUCCAUUUUGCAGCUCGUCUCUUAUUUAAUUAAACUCCAAUAUUGUCCUUUUUGCCUCAGUGGAUCAACGUUAACUUUUUCUGCUUAAGUUCGCAAAAGCUUUUUACGAUUGCUGUGUAUUCAGAGAGUGUACAGUUAGGCCCUAAAGUUUAGACUUAGGCUACACUCUAGCACCAGAUUUAAAAAAAAACUAAAAACUAAAUGUAGCCUAUAGAUAUGAAUUGCACAAGAAUUAUAUAUUUAUGGAUUUUUUUUAUGCAUUGUUUAUUCAACCCGCCUGCCCGACCUUCAGCCACGCAAUAUUUAAUUGCCCUAAACUGCAGGGACUGCAGGUUAUGAGUCAACCCACACAUCACUAACCACAGUAAAGCCAGGAGGCAGAACUCCCUCUAACUUGGCUCUGUGUGUGUGCAUGCAUGUUUGAAAGAGAGGGACGGGUCUAGUCAGUGGGGUACCUUGUCCCCGCUAUGGCGCUGAUCAUAUAUACUCUUCCAGGCUCACCUCACCACUGCUCGGUUGGACCUUUUUACCUGCCAAAAGGUGUGCUACUGCUUCACCAGUACCCCGUACCCUGAGCCUCAUUAACACAAACUGACAAACAGGGAUAAUGUAAUGUCAAGCUCUGGGGCCAAAUUGAUGGCCUGUCCUGUAUACUGACUUGGGUUCAUGCCCAAUCACAUCUCUCAAACCACAGGGUUGGGAGAAGAAAACAAACCAGAGGUACAGAACUGCAAUAAUUGAAUUACCAGUGUGAGACAAUGGAUGUGUCUUUCUCGCCCUUCUGUACCUCUGGAUGCUUGAAGUCCCAUGAUAAGACUAUAUAGUAUGAAGACAGGAAGAUGGUUUCCGCUCUCAACAGCAGAGAAUGUCAUUUUAAAAUUCAUUAUGAACAUUUCUCCUGUGCUUUGAUGGUUAGGUUGACGUGGAGCAGCUUAACUUCAAAUGCAGCUAAAUCUAUAAAGAUGCUUCAGUAUGAUGAUAAAAGGAGUAUGAGGGGCCUCUUUGAAUCUUCUGAAUGACAUUGUACUUACUCAUACAGAAACUUAACAGUGGAGUCAAGACCAACAGCAAUGGCCAGUGCUGGAACUAUAAUGACCACUUUUAAAGGACCACUGUACCAUGGUCAGACAAAAUGGUCAGUUACCGAACAAUGCUCAGCUGAGAUCAAAUUCAAAAUAAAUACUGUCCAACAGAUAUAGGAUUUGUAUUUUAAGAAUUUAGGUCAAAAUAAUAAUUGUAUAGAAAGACAUAUGAAAUUGACAUUAUUACUAUACUAUCAAUAUUGAGAAGUACUUCAUGGUCAAGAAUGUUAAUGUAUGUUCUGAAGUUUGUAUGGUAGGUUAUUGUUUAAUACACACAGGGGUUACUCUUAGCUGUUCAGAGAUACAAAACUGUGACAGAUUUGGUGAUUUCUUUUAUUUGGCAGUCCGCUAUCUAGCUCCCUGACGUCACUUUGAGAUCCAAGAUGGAGACUUGUAAUGUGUGUGAAUAAUGCGUGUUUCAAUAAUGAGAGAGAGACCCAUCCACCCACUAGGGCAGUUGCUCUAUGUCCUAUUUUAGCUGAACAGUGUUACUGCCAGACACCAUUGUAUUGUGAAACAAAUUAAAUGCCUUCCAGUUUGAUUGAAUGUAUUGCAAAUAUUGGGAAUGUUUUGGUGCACUGCCACACCCAGAAAAGAAUAAGGGGUUCAAAACCAAAACUCAAGACGUCAUUCUCGAUUAUUAUUCCAACUGUACAAAAGGAUUAUUAGUAAGGGAAAUUAAUUGCCUUGUAUUGAGAAUGAAAAGUUUGCUAGUGGCCACAUUAGAGACCGUUGUCAUAACACCACAAGGACCAUGUUGCUUUUAUAUUGGGACUUACCAAACUACUGCAGUAUGAUCAUACCUCUUUUCUUUUUUUUACUGAAAAUGGAAAUUUGUCUGUAAAUUGUGUAUGCUUCUCUUUUGUUUUGCAGUGUUUUUCUACUCCUGUAUAUGAUUCAUUCAAGUUAGCUGUCAAUACAAUUACUGUCAAACCUGUGGUUUUAUUUAUAUAUUUGGGAGUGUUUUCAUAUUUUAAAUGUGCAACUUUUAUCUGCUUAAAAAAAGGAAAGUGAAAACAGCAUACAACAAAGCAACAAUAAAAAUGUUGUAUUCUGGGUA